AUGUUAGAUACAAAUAUCGCAAUAGUAACUAUCAUAGUCAUGGCAGGGAAUAUCGUAAAAAAGCGAGGAUUAACUUAUUUAUUAGGUGUAUGUGUACCUUGUGCUAAACAAAAUGCUGCUAAAAUACGAGUGAAACAAUCAGACUUCGAUGCACAUCUGUUAAUGUAUUUUAAUAAAUAUGAAUUUAUUUAUGCCGAUGAUCCCGAAAAGCGUUGUAAGACAGGUGAUACAGUUUUAAUACAAAGUUUACCAAAAAAAUUAACUCGCCUUAUCACUCAUAAAGUUGUUGAUGUCAUUUAUCCACUAGGUGAUAUUACAGAUCCUAUUACUGGUAAAAAGGUUGUUGCAGGAAAAUAUAGGGAAAAUAUUGAAAAGGAUGCUGAACUUUAUGGAAAUUUAGAAUCUAUGUAUAGAUAUGAAAAAGCACCAAAGAGAGGAAUCACAGAAGGCAAACGAGAUUUUACAGACAAGGAAACUUAUAUGAAAUAUAGUGAUGAUCCGAAAGACUAUGACCCAUAUGCAGUGAAUCCAUCGUAACUCGUACAUACAACAUACAAACAUAUUAUAGAUAGAAAUUAAUAAAUGAUGUUAUAUUGAAAAAAAUUAACAGUGUAUUUCAAAUUAAGUUAUAACUUUCAGAAAAAGAAAAAAUAUAUUCGAUUCGUUUGAUACUUA